GACCCGCUAAUGCCAGUUCUCUUCUGCCUUCGGAGUACGGUGAGGCAGCACGCCAAAGAAAGGACACAAGGUCGAAAAACGUCGAAAUAAACCAACAACAUCUGUCUUUUUAAUCAAAAGAGAAAUGGAGAAAGGACCCCCUCCACCACAUGUUCCAGGCAGUGCCUCAAGGCAGGGAAAUGCUCCCACUUUUGAGAGGAGCAUCAUAAGCGGAGACAACAUCCAGUUUGGGAGGCUGAGGAGACGUACACGUCUGUCCCAGUCGGAGAGCCAGAGUUCUGGUGCUGAAGAGGAAUGGCUGAGCUCCUCCUUGGAUGCCAACAACGCUUACGGUCGAAGCCCCGUUGUCCAGGCCAUGCAGGUGGAGGGUGUCUGGUACAACCGCAGCUCGUAUGAUCAAGCUGAAAACAACUAUCAACGUCGGCUGACGUCUAACAACAACGGACCGCUGUCAUCCUCUCCACGGAGUCCCAACACCAGAGGCUCCUGGACCUUCAACUCCAGGCGUGGCCAUGCUCAGCAGCAGGACCAUGGCCCAGCUGUUACCACAGUGAAGGCCUCUGGAACCCCUCACCGUCAGUCCAGCAGAGGACGCAACCGCACCUCUUCUGAGACCGAGCAGGGGUCAAAAGGCACCAGGGGGCCACACCAGAGGAAGAGAGGCUUCUCUGAGACUGAAAGCAGGCCCAAAUGGGACAACACCAAAAUGAGUGGACUCCAGUGCCUCGCCGCAGACAACAUCUGGUUCGACAAACAACGAUUUGAUGAUGCCGAAAGACGUUUCUACGAGGGAGUGAAUGGACCUGCCACACCACAGCAGCAACAGGUGAAAUCGGCCCUGCAGCAGGCCAAAGGGCGCCAGCACAAACGGCAGCACAGAAAUUCAUCUUUACAUGCUUCAGUAGACCACGAGCUGGUUUCACGCAUGAAGAGCUUGGAGUUGGAGAACCAGACCCUGCAUAAAGUGGUGGAGGAUAUGAGGGCAGCACUGCUGAAGCUGGAGACCAGAGUAGCUGUGCUGGAGAAGACCCCCACACCAGUAGCUGUUCCCUGUGCUAAGGCUACACCAGUGAAGGCAGCUCCAGCCAAAGUAGAAAAUGGUGAUGAUGAGGAGGAGGAUGAUGAUGACAUUGACUUGUUUGGCAGUGAUGAAGACAACGAGGCGGCCGAGCGCCUCAAGCAGGAGCGUCUGGCAGCCUACGCUGCCAAGAAAGCCAAGAAACCUGCCCUCAUCGCCAAGUCCUCCAUCCUGUUGGAUGUUAAACCUUGGGAUGAUGAGACCGAUAUGGGUAAACUGGAGGAGCACGUGCGUUCAGUGCAGAUGGAUGGGCUUCUGUGGGGAGCGUCCAAACUGGUCCCAGUUGGCUACGGCAUCAAGAAGCUGCAGAUAAACUGUGUGGUGGAGGAUGACAAAGUUGGCACCGACAUCCUGGAGGAGGAGAUCACCAAGUUUGAGGACUUUGUCCAGAGUGUAGAUGUAGCUGCCUUCAAUAAGAUCUAAAGUCCAAAGUGCUGCACCUGCUCCAGGCUGUCAUGGGUUAAUAAAUCUGAGCAUUGAGCACUAA